UUUCAACACUUGUAUUAAAAUAGUCGUCCGUUUUUUCACAAUUGCAAACAACAACUAAAAUUUUUAAUCUAACUCAAAAGAAUAUAAUUAAAUUACAAAAAGAUGGCAAAAAAUAAGAGCACAGUUUAUCUGGGCUAUGAUGAUGAGGAGAUCACUGAAAAACAUGUAUCCCUUUUGAAUAGUACAUUAAAUAAAAUUGGAGGAACAGCGGAUUGGCCAAACGGUGAAAUAAAAAUACCCCCUUGUCCUUUAUGUGGCACAGCUCGUCCAUUGAUUGUACAACUAUAUGCACCAUUGGAAAUGUCGCAAUUCCAUCGUACGCUGUACGUAUUUGCUUGUUUGAAUCCGGUGUGUUCGCAGAACACAAAAAGUUGGUUAUGUGUAAGAACCCAACACUUGGAUACACCAUCUGAACACUGUGAUAUUAUGAAAGUAGUGGCUGCGUCAGCUAAAACAUCGUCAUCGGCCAGUGGUGGCGUUGGUGGUGGUGGUAAACAAAAGAAAAAGAGUAAAGAACAAAAGCAGCAAACGGGUAAAAUAUCCUGGUGUGCGGGUACCGAUGACUGGGGUGAAGAGACUGCUGUAGUUGAGCAAACUAUAGAGCAAAUGGACACGGAAGCAGAUGAACCCCAAGAGUCGAAUGAGGAAAAUGGUAACGUUAUUAAUAACAAAAAUGUCAAUUUACCUUUAGCCAACCACCAAUUGGAGUCCGAUGAGGGAGAGGAUGAAGAUGAUGUUUUAAUCCAUGAAGAAGAUGAUGAAGAUGAAAGCAAUUCCAUGGACAAUGACCUUUUAAUGAGUUUCAAUCAAAUCGAUUUAAGAGCUGGUCAAAACUUAGCUGAAGAUCCAAAUGCCAAUUGUGCAGCAGGAGAAAUAGCAGCCGCAGCUUCUGUGGAAAAGGAGGGUAAUUAUGCUUGUAGUGGUGCUUCUGCUACUAUAUGUGCUGAAAUCGAAGGUCCCGAGAAUGAUGUUGUUCUAGUCGAAACUCCUCAAAAGCCUGAACGUGAUCUAAUAGCCUUAUUAAAGCAUACUCCUACGCCAGCGUCGUUGGGACCUUUAGCUAAAUUAUCGGAUUUAACACUUAAACCCUAUUUUAUAGCCGUGGAUGUGGAGGCAAAUGUGACAGCUAAAGAGUAUGAGCAAUAUGGUGGUUCUUUGUCUGCCGAACAUAUACGUGAAUUAUAUCAGGAAUAUAAGAAACAAGAUGAAUCUGCCCAUUCACCUAAUAGCGGAGUCGCUGCUGGUGGCAGCAGUGGUGUAGGUGGAGUUGGAACACCUGCUGAGGAUCAGGAGGGUUAUGAAAAGGCCUUACCGGCUCAUGGUGAUCUUAUGUUUCAUCACUUUUUAAGCACCAUUCAACAAAAUCCCGGACAAAUCUUAAGAUACUCUCGUGAUACUUUACCACUUCUAAUUUCGCCUCUACAAGAGCCCACACCAAAAUGUCCCAAUUGCAAUGGUGAUACUAUAUGUGAAGUCCAGAUCCUAUCUACACUAAUACCAAAAUUAAAAAUGUUGCAAAAUAAUGAAAAUGCCCCUUUAGAAUAUGGCAACGUAUUGGUUUUCACCUGCUUGAAAAGUUGUUGGGAUACACCCGAUAAAAUGCGCUAUGAAAAGGUUAUAGUACAAGUUGAAAAAUAAUUUUGAAAAACGAAACCAAAAAAAAUACAUGUACACAUAAAAUGUGUACCAAAAGAUACUUUUAACAACUAAACCAUAAUAUAACAAUAGUUAUAACAUGGAUUCAACUAAACAUUAGGAAGGUACCUUAUAGAGGAAAAUAAAAACGAAAGUAAGAAAAUAGAAACGAAUAUGAAAUAUCUAAACUAUAACAGAAACAAAACAUACUCAAACUUUACCACUUUACUCAAAACUUUUUGAAAACAAAUAUUAUAAAGAAAACUCAAGGAUUGAAUUAAUUACAUAUAAUGUUAGUGAUGGUAAUAAUGAUGAGUAGUAGUUGGUUUUAUUUAUUUAAUUAUAAAAAAACUAAAUUCUCUGUCCUCAAAAUUAAACGGCUUCAUUACGGAAACAAAUUUAACUAUAAGAAAUGAUUUUAACAAAAAAAACUUAAUUUUAAAUAGUUUAUGAAAAGUAAAACUUAUUCACUUAUUUAAUCGUAACUAAAGUAUAUAAUAAUAAAAGCCUAGAAGCUUUGGUCAAUUUUUCCAGUCCACUUUAACAUGAUGUUAGGUAUAUAUAUAUAAAACAUUUUAUUAAACCACUUAUUGUUUUUAGCAUUUAUUUAUUGAUUAUUAUUUAUUUACAUAUUAAUUGUGUAUUUAGAAUUUUUCCCCUAAUUCUCCUAAUACAUAUGUAUUAUGUACACAUGUAUUUAGUUCUAAGUUCUAUUCUAAACUCUCUAAACUUCCGAUAUUUUCUUGUUUUUGUUAAGCGAACAAUAAUGUGAUUUCAAAAUAUCUAAUUUUAAUGAAAACUAAAAGAAAAGAAAAAAACAAAUAUUAAACAAACAUAUAAAAACUUUA